AUGACCGUAUCGUAUAAUGAUGCUGUCUCUUCUGUAUCUGCUUUCACAUUCUUUCGUCUACUGUUACGAUGGCGUGGUUCUAUAUGGAAAUCGAUUUCCUAUGAACUACUACUGUGGAUCAGUCUUUAUUAUGUAGUAUUUGUGGUUUAUCGAUACGUGCUCAAAGCUGAUGCUCAAGCAAAAUUCGAGCUAAUAGCUGCAUACUGUAACAGCAAUCUCACGUACAUUCCGCUUACGUUUAUGCUCGGCUUCUUCGUUUCAAUUAUCGUUGAUCGUUGGCGUCAAACAUUCAACAAUAUGGGUUGGAUCGAGGACCUUGCUCUCACAUUGUCGCAUCUGCUACGAAACGACAGCGAUGAGGCUAGACAAAUGCGUCGCGACAUAAUACGAUACUCAGUGUUGUCACAAAUACUCGUAUUUCGAGAUGUGUCCCUGAAAGUGCGGCGAAGAUUCCCCAACAUGUCAUCGAUAGUGACUGCAGGAUUCUUGCGCGAAAAUGAGCUCAAAGAUCUUGAGGAUAUAAAAAUCGUUUACAACAAAUACUGGGCUCCAAUUAAUUGGGCGCUUAACAUCUGUGUAAAAGCGUUAAAGAACUCGUACUUUGAAAGUCCAUACGCCAUGAUUGUUGUUCAAAAUGAGAUUAAAGCGUUUCGUGGUGCCUUAGCUCUCCUAUGCAACUUCGACUGGGUACCAGUGCCUAUCGCUUAUCCACAGGUCGUAUUCUUGGCAGUGCGUUCAUACUUCACAUUAUGCUUGGUCUCUCGACAAUUCAUCAUCGGCGAGAAAGCUAUGUUUCACAGCGUUGUUGACCUAUACGUACCAUUCAUGACAAUUCUCGAAUUUAUAUGCAUUGUUGGUUGGAUGAAGGUUGCCGAGGCGUUGCUGAAUCCUCUUGGGGAGGAUGACGACGAUUUCGAAUGCAAUUUUCUCAUCGAUAAAAACAUUGCUACAGGCCUCAUCAUUGUCGACGACCAGUACGAGGCUUGUCCCGAACUUUCUCCGGACAGUUUUGCCGAUCCUGACUAUAAUCCUAUGUAUUCACAGGAUAGCCAGCCUGAUGCCAUGCUGGUUGGAUCGGCUGAGAAAUACAACUUUGAAGAUGAGGAGGGCGUGAAGAUGGUGGCGGUAAAACCGGAAGACUACCCUCAUGGGCACGAAUCUCCUAACCUGCUGAGGAGAAUCAGUCUGGCUAUCAUCAGCAGAUCUCGUUCAAGUUCAGUCGUUCCCCAUGACGAAAUAGAGCGAAGAAGCAAUGACGAAGCUCGUAAGCACAGCCAAGCUAAUGUCAGCCUCGAAGCGGUGAAUGAGGAAUCCAACGAGGACAGCAAUCGAACAACGUCGACUGUAAUGAUGCCAAGUGAUAAGGAGGAGAAAGCGAGUACCCCUUGA